UUUGUUUUUCUCUCCUCACACAGCCCUCAAAUUAAAGAGGGACACCCAGGAGUUCACAGUACAUCAGAAGCAGAGUAAAAGUGAAGGGAAUUGGUAAAUCUUUAGAGUGGAUUUACUGUGUUGGAUAUUAAAUACAUAUCUGCAGUUGAAGGUUGAGUCAGAUUCACAGUUGUCACAGCCUGUCUCCCAGUCGUCAGAGGCACGAUGGCAUCCAAUAUCACCACCACCAUCUCCCAGCAGGCCGCCCCUGCCUCCUCUUCUCUGUCUGUCUCAGCCCAGAUUGGCAUCACCAUCCUCACCUUGGCAUUUGUGCUGGGCUUCCCCGGGAACCUGUUUGUGGCCUGGUCGGUGCUCUGCCAGGUCAAGAAGCGCUCAGUGACCUGUUUGUUGGUGCUGAACCUGGCUCUGGCAGAUGCCUUUGUUCUGCUCAGCGCCCCUCUUUUUCUGCGGUACCUGGCUGGAGGCCGAGGCUGGGAGUUUGGCUCAGCAGCGUGCAAACUGGUGCACUACCUGUCAAGUGUGAACAUGUACGUCUCCAUCUACCUCAUCUGCCUGAUGAGCAUGGACCGCUGGCUGGCUGUCACGAAGCCUUUUCUGUCCCAGAGAAUGAGGACCAAGCGUUCCCUCCUGGUUCUCCUGCUUGUGGUCUGGGUGAUGGCGUUCAUCCUGUCACUGCCGAUGCCUUUUUACCGCAGCAAUGUGAAGAUACCACUACCAAACAUCACUUUGUACCUUUGUAAGCCGUACCACUGGAACAGCGUGGGUCACAAAGUCUUCCAGUACCUGUUUGAGACCAUCAUGGGCUGCGUGGUGCCCUUCUCCCUCAUCAACACGUGUUACGCCUCCGUUAUCUGCCGUCUGCAGAAUGCAAGGUUCCACCGCAGAGGACAAGGCAGCCGUCUGAUCCUGAUGAUAAUUUGUGCCUUCGCAGUAUUCUGGCUGCCCUAUCACAUCGUCAACAUCAUAGAGGUGAUUGGUCUGCUGCAAGGCAGUGAUUCAGUGAUGAAGGCUGCUCAAACAGCCCGCCCAAAUGUCACGGCCUUUGCCUACUUCAGCAGUGCCAUCAAUCCAAUCCUCUACGUGUUUGCUGGCAGCUCCCACAUCCGUCAGGCCGGCCUCAGCUUCAUGGGCAAACUGUUUGAGGCCACCUACUCUGAGAGCAGGAGCACGUCCACCUUCACCCGCAGCGGCCGCAGCAGCUCUCCGGAUGAGAGCUCCGCCCUGCAAACGCUGUCAGUCAAACUGGGGAAGCCUUUCAAAAGCAAGAACAAGGAGAAGAGCAGCAGCAGCGGGGUGAGCAAGGACAUUGAGACUCUGGCCAGUGUUGACCAGCUGGAGUAGCACUUAAGCCAUUUUCCUUGGACUAUCUUUGUAAAUUAAUUGAUUAGAUACCAACUUGCCUCAUGAAUUUGUAUUUUUGAGCUUUUACGUCCAUAAGCUUUAUCAUGUUCAGGUUUAGACUGAAAAAUGCCUAUCGGGGGGGGGGGAGGUCUGAAUCCAGCAUGUGAAUGGCGGACCCUGCCACUAACAUUGAAAACUAAUAAUGAUUUGUAUAGUUUACAUGAUUUUCAGUCAUGGCCGUUUUUUUUAAUGAGCCUACAAAAUAAUGUUUGGCUUUGUGUAGCAUUGACUCUGUAUACUUUAUAACUUUAAAUAUAAAUUAUUGCAUGUAUUUUAAGUAUUAUGCUAGGGUUUCAAUGCCUUAUUUAAAUCAUUUUGUAAUUUUUGUCUCUUGUUUAACUGGACUUAAAGUCUUAUGAUCUGGAAAAUAUAACAGUGAUGUGUAUUAUCAUUAGUAAUAAAAGUUGUUUAAUUAA